AUGGCGACGACACGACCAAUCACCUCUUUCAAGGCCCUCACCUUUGACUGCUACGGCACUCUUGUGGACUGGGAGUCUGGCAUCUACAACAAUCUCCAACCUUUGAUACAACAGCUCGCCGAUUCGCAUCCCCUCAAGAACAAUCGUCUCGGCUUACUCAAGGCCUUGGUCCGACACGAGGGACUCGUCCAGACAGCCAACCCAACCUACCUAUAUCACGCCGUACUGGCCGCCGCAUAUGGCAAUCUCGCUGCCGAGCUCGGCGUCUCGGCCGACGAGGAGGCAAAGUCAAAGUUUGGAUUCGGUGUCGGCGACUGGGCCAUCUAUCCAGACACUCUCGACGCGCUGAAGCGGCUGCAUAAGCACUUCAAGCUGGUUAUCUUGUCCAACGUAGACCUCGACUCGUUCAAGCGCACUUUGGAGAAGCAGUUCCAGGGCUUCCCUUUCGAUGCCAUUUACACUGCUCAGGAGAUUGGGUCAUACAAGCCGGACUUGAACAACUUCCGGUAUCUCAUUGAGCACUGUGAGAAAGACCUGGGCGUUGAGAAGGGAGAUAUUUUACACACGGCGCAGAGUUUGCAUCAUGACCAUGUGCCAGCAGCGCAAAUUGGAUUGACGAGUGUUUGGAUUGAGCGAGGCGAGGAGGUUGAGAGCGUCAUGGGCGGAGAUCCGGAGGCGUAUGCAGACAAGGUGUCGUAUUCAUGGAAGUUUACAAACAUGAAGGAGAUGGCCGCUGCGGUUGAUGCCGCCGCAGAAAAUGCCUAG